GCUCUUGAUCUCGAAGGGCGCUUACGUGAAUGGCCUCUUCUCCGUCGACCCCUGCUCCUGCAUCAAAGACUGCUGCCUCUGGCCGUGCAUCACGAGCGCCGCGAUCAACACCAAGCUCGACAACGCGGUGCCGAUGCCCUUCGCCUACGUGGGUGCUUGCUGCGGGUGCACGUGUUGCUUGGAGGUGAAGUAUGGCACCAAAAUGAAGGGACCCGCGGAGCCAAUGCCCGUCUCCAUUUUCAAGGCCGUAUGCUGCGCUCCAUGUUAUAUUCACCAGUUGAACAAGGAGCCGUACAAUGCCGCAGUUGCCGGUAUGGCCGCGAAUGUGUUUGGGAAGUGA